AUGGGGUUGGCGGCUGCGCGCCUGGUCCCCGCGGGGCUGCUGCUGGCCCUGGCGCUGCCCUCGGCCCUGAGCGCCGCUCCGCACCGGGACUACUGCGUGCUGGGCGCCGGGCCCGCGGGCCUGCAGAUGGCCGCCUUCCUGCAGCGGGCCGGCCGGGACUACGCGGUGUUCGAGCGCGCGUCGGCGCCGGGCAGCUUCUUCACGCGCUACCCGCGCCACCGCAAGCUCAUCAGCAUCAACAAGCAGUACACCGGCAAGGCCAACGCCGAGUUCAACCUCCGCCACGACUGGAACUCUCUGCUCAGCCACGACCCCCAGCUGCUCUUCAGACACUACUCGCGGGCCUACUUCCCCGAUGCCGGGGACAUGGUGCGAUACCUGGGUGACUUCGCGCGCCGGCUGGGGCUCCACGUGCUGUACAACACAACCAUUACCCACGUCACCCUGGACAAGGACCCGCAGGCUUGGAACGGCCACCGCUUCGUCCUGACCGACCACAAGGGUCAGGUGUACCAGUGCAGUGUCCUGCUGGUCGCCACUGGGUUGUCAGUCCCCACACUGAUUGACUUCCCUGGCUCCGAACAUGUGGAGGGUUACGAGUCCGUGUCCGUGGAUCCUGAAGACUUUGUAGGUCAGAGUGUGCUGAUCCUGGGCCGCGGGAACUCGGCCUUUGAGACGGCAGAGAAUAUCAUGGGUGUCACAAACUUUAUCCACAUGCUGAGCCGUUCCCGGGUACGGCUCUCCUGGUCCACCCACUAUGUCGGAGAUGUCAGAGCCAUCAACAACGGGCUGCUGGACACCUACCAGCUAAAGUCUCUGGAUGGGCUGCUCGAGGCAGACCUGAAAGAUCUGGCUCUCGUGAAGGACAGCAAGGGCAAGUUCCAUGUCACCCUAAAGUUCUUCCUGGGGGAAACCAAUGCCAGCUGGAGUGCCGAUUCUGUCCGCCUCCCUGAGGAUGACAGUGACAACUUCGCCAUGCGUGUGGGCUACGACCGAGUCAUCCGCUGCCUGGGCUGGAAGUUCAACUUCUCGAUUUUCGACCAGUCCCUCAGACUGUCCUCGGAGAAUGAGUUCAACAAGAAGUACCCACUGAUCAAAGCGAGCUAUGAGUCCAAAGGAAGCCGAGGUCUCUUCGUCCUGGGCACUGCCAGCCACUCAGUGGACUACCGGAAAUCUGCUGGAGGUUUCAUCCACGGCUUCCGAUACACAGUGCGUGCUGUCCACCGUCUCCUAGAGCAUCGUCACCAUGGUGUCACCUGGCCGACCACAGAGCACCCCAUCACACAGCUGACCAGCUCCAUCAUCCGGCGUGUGAACGAGGCUUCCGGGCUGUACCAGAUGUUCAGUGUGCUGGCCGACAUUAUCCUGUUGAAGGAGAAUGCCACCACAUUUGAGCACCUGGAGGAGUUCCCCAUGCAGAUGCUGGCCCAGCUGGAGCCCCUCACCGGCAGGACAGCCCAGCAUGGACUCUUCGUCAUCAGCAUGGAGUAUGGCAAAAACUUCUCUGGGCCUGGCAAGGACGUCUUUUUUUAUGAACGGUCCGUGGGGCACACGGAAGACGCCUGGCUGUCUAAUUUCCUCCACCCUGUCAUCUACUACUACAAACAGCUCCCCACUGAGCAAGAAGUGAGGUUCCGGUCCCCACACUGGCCCCUGCCACGACCCACCGCCAUCCACCACAUUGUGGAGGACUUCCUGACUGACUGGACCGCCCCGGUGGGGCACAUCCUCCCACUGAGGCGCUUCCUGGAAAACUGUCUGGAUACGGACUUGAGAAACUUCUAUGCAGAAUCCUGUUUCCGGUUCGCCCUCACGCGCCAGAAGCUGCCCCCCUUUUGCCAGCAGGGGUAUCUGCAGAUGCAGGGGCUUGCAAUCACUGAGAGCCUUCAGCAGCACGGUGUGGAGAGCAAGCUCUUGCAGAACUACGCUGCCGCCACCGAGAGCAGCAGCCAGCGGACUAGUGACCGCGCCUUGGCUCCAGGGCCUCGGGCCCAGUCCCUUGACAGCGACAAGGAGGAACUCUGAGUGUCUCCUCCCAGGCUGUGGGCACAGUGUCCAGCACCUCCUCAGGCCCAUGGUUGGUGCCCCACUUUCUGAACAGCCUCUCUCCCACCCGUCCUGACUGUAACGGGAAGUGCACCAGGGCAGCCCGCAGAAUGUGCAAGGCCGGGCUAAGGCCACACAGUGGCCUCCUGUCUUGUACUGGUCAUGCCUGGGUUAUGGGUCAUGGGGUUGGUAGAAAGGCACCUUCUGACAGACGUGAGCUGCUUUCUGUAGCCAGGUCAUCUCCAGCUACACCUUCACUGAGCACCAGGCUAGCCGUUGUGCCCCCUUCUGGGCCACUCUGCAGGUGGGCCCACAUCCCACUGAGAGCACCCCACAGCCACAGCCCGCCUCACCUCCACAGCAGACAGGUUAGAGCAGAAGUUUCAUGUCCACAGCAGCGAAGUGGACAGGUGAGGUCACUGUCCCCCAGCUACCACAGAGGGAAGUUAGUUGAAGUCCCUCCCAGGCCCCCCAGCCUGGAAGGCCUGUCUCUGUGCCAUUCUUUCCACAGUGCCUGGCACUGACUCUCAAAGAACUCAGGGGUCCAGUCUGGCUGCUUAUCAAGGCCCAGAGGACUUGCACAGAACAGAGGCAGGAAGUCAGGCCAUCUGUCUAUCCAGUGUCCCCAGGGCAGUGUGAGCUGCCUUGUUCCCAGGGGUUAGCCUCUGCGCUCCUCUCCCUCCCUGCCCUGUGCCAUCCUGAGCCACACCUUGAGCCUUGCUCAGGACCUGCCCCAUCUGGCUUAGGGUGGCAGUGUUCCUGUGCCCUGCUGCCUUAUAAGUGGUAACAUCCAAAAAUUCUUUUAUUUGGUCAUGGUAAAUUCAGCUCUCAGUGACCUUGCUGUUCAGCUCCUCUUCCUCCUCACCAGAGUCCUGGUUGCUGUCCCACCAGGUGUUUAUCCCCUUUCCAGAAGAAGCCAAGGCCUACAAAAGGGACGUGGCAGUCACGUGAUUUCCUGUGACAAGAGAACAGAGGAGAUGGAUUUUGUCACCUGCCCCCACUCAUUGGGUCCACUCAGAUGUCCAGGGCCAUGACUCUCUGGAACCAAAACCCCUUCCUUGGAACAUCUUGGAAGAGUCUUGAAAGGUCCAAACCCUUUAGCCACCUGGGCCACCUCCAAUGUGUGCCUGCGGCCCGCAGGACAAACCCAGCCACCUUGUGCUGCCAGGAUGAGUGGUGUAGGCCAGAAACUUCUGAAUGAAAUGUCUCCCUAUUCCUAGGAUGCCAGAUUCACUGUCUUUCAUGUGGAUGGUUGGUAAGCCAAAAUUGGAUCCUGUUGUUCCCCCCUAAUGUUUCCAAAGCACUUUUAAAUGAAUCUUGGAGUUAACACUGUACCGUGAAAUUGAAUCCUGCCCCUCACGUCUCUCACACUGAGGCUGGCUGUGCCCUUUGUUCCAACACAACUUCAAGGUGCUGUAGCAUGAGGUUGGCUGGCGCCCAAGUGUGUGGCAUCUGCUGCCUUCCAGUCCUCUGACAAAUCUUUGGUUCCAUCCAGGUGUCAGGAGCCUCGUUUGGUUUUAACGUGAAGCAUUCCAUCCUUGCUCAUUCACCAGGGGUGACGUCUCUGUACCUAGCUUAUUGUGUCAGUUUUAAAGAAAAGGUUAAAAGUAUGGUAAGCUGGGUGUGGUGGUAUGUGCCUAUAAUCCCAGCAUUAUGGAGGCUAAGGCAGGAGGUUCAAGACCAACCUGGGUUACAUACAGAAUUACAGGACAGCUUGAGCAAGACCCUGCCUCAAAA